AACCCAAACCGAAUAAAUCCCCUUACCUCACCUCAUUUUCUUCCUCAGAGGACUCACCAAAAGAGUGCUUGUCUUGAAAAACCUCUCCAGCUCUUCCUCCUUUAUCGACCAAAACCAAAAGGAUGCAGAGAACAAGUGUGUUGCGAGCGUUCUUGGUCCUCCUUGUGGUGCUUCAGCUUCUGAGUGCCGCCGCCGCCGCCGCCGCCACCACAUCAUACCCGGACUUCCAGCGCUUGGACGUGGAAGAAGCCGUCGCGGCCACAAAAGCCCUCCCUCCCAAGAUAAACGAGUACCACGACUUCUUCAACAAACAUGAUGUGAGCGAGAGCGAGAGCGAGCACGAAGGCGAGUACAAGCUGAAGCUAGUUCACAGAGACAAAUUACCUUCCACCAGCUCCCAUGGCGACUCUCAUGCCCGCCGUUUCCACGAUCGGAUGAAGCGGGACGCCAAACGGGUCGCCGGGCUCUUCCGUCGACUGUACGGCGGCAAGGCCGGUGGGGCCGCCUAUGACGUGGUGGAGGAUUUCGGGUCCGACGUUGUCUCGGGCAUGGAUCAAGGGAGUGGUGAGUACUUUGUGAGGAUAGGAGUUGGAAGCCCGGCAAGGAGCCAAUACAUGGUGAUUGACUCCGGCAGUGACAUUGUGUGGGUGCAGUGUCAGCCUUGCAGCCAGUGCUACCGCCAGUCCGACCCAGUCUUCGACCCAUCCGGGUCCGCAUCGUUCUCCGGGGUGUCGUGCAGCUCCACGGUCUGCGACCGGCUCGAGAACGCGGGCUGCCGCUCUGGCCGGUGCCACUACGAGGUGUCCUACGGCGACGGGUCCUACACCAAGGGCACCAUGGCAUUGGAGACCCUCACCUUCGGGCGGACCGUGGUCAACAGCGUGGCAAUCGGGUGCGGGCACAUGAACCGGGGCAUGUUCAUCGGCGCCGCGGGCCUGCUAGGCCUAGGGGGCGGUUCCAUGUCCUUCGUGGGCCAGCUGGGCGGGCAGACUGGUGGGGCCUUCAGCUAUUGCCUCGUUAGUCGGGGCACCGAUGCGUCCGGGUCAUUGGAGUUCGGGCGCGGGGCCGUGCCUGUCGGAGCCGUCUGGGUCCCCCUGAUCCGUAACCCGCGGGCGCCGAGUUUUUAUUACAUCGGUCUAGCGGGCCUCGGUGUUGGUGGCAUCCGGGUGCCCAUAUCGGAGGACACUUUUGGCCUCAAUGAAUUGGGCAACGGAGGAGUCGUCAUGGACACAGGCACCGCCGUGACCCGGUUCCCGUUGCCCGCUUAUGUGGCGUUUCGCGACGCUUUUCUCGCUCAGACGACGAACCUCCCACGAGCCACGGGGGUGUCUAUCUUCGACACCUGCUACAACCUGUAUGGUUUCGUGACGGUGCGGGUCCCGACCAUCUCGUUCUAUUUCUCGGGCGGGCCGAUCCUGACGCUCCCGGCGAGGAACUUCCUGAUCCCGGUCGACGACGCGGGCACAUUCUGUUUCGCGUUCGCGCCGUCUUCCUCAGCACUUUCCAUCAUUGGGAACAUACAGCAAGAAGGCAUACAAGUCUCUUUUGAUGGAGCCAAUGGAUUCGUUGGUUUUGGUCCCAACGUUUGUUAAGUAAAUAUGUAAAGAACUCAUGGGUGAAUUUUGCUAGUCUUAGUCUUACCAUAUAUAUUAUUCGUAGAGUGUAGUACAUAGAUGAGAAGUGAUGUAUUAAUGUCUGAUUAUGGGGUGUUUAUGCAUUGGUAUGAGACUAGAGAGGUGGGGUGAGUUAGAGAUCGAUAGUGUAAAAGCAAAUUUUAACUCCCACUUCACUAGAGUAUAAAAAUCCUGUCUUUUCCCUU